AUGUUUGGAGAUUUCAAGAACAAGCUAAAGAGCGCCACACCUUCGAUUCGGUCAGUCAAAACGAAUGGCAGCAGUAGCGACAACAAGCCCUCGUCCAUCGUCAAUCCCAAAUACAGCCAGUCAUCUCCUGUAUUGAGCAACAAGCCAAACAGCCUAUCUCCUCCUCCUCCUCCACCCGCGCACAUGUCACUCCCAAGCGGCAGCUCCCAUCGCCACAAAGAGAAGAUGCCCGCCAACAUGCAUAGAUUGAGCACAGGUAGUUUGCAUUCAACAUCUUCCACAUCCUCUUCAUCCAACAAGAGUAAACCUCGUAGCAGAAGCUCCUGCACCAGCAUUGAUGAGAAUCAAGCAACGCCCAGUGCUAGUAAUAGCAAUGCUACAAGCUCAUCCACGUCAAGCUCAAGCAUCAAUUUAUCACUGCCUCCCACGCCGCCUCCUGUCAUGGGAAAACAUGGCAGAUAUCCAUCCAACAUUAGUUUGCCUUCAUUGAACAGCGAGUACUUUUUGAAUCACAACCAUCUGAAGCCUGGCAACAAAGCCGAGCUACUGUCCUAUGAUAAAACCAUUAAUUUGUACCGAGAAAACGCAAAGCGCACCAAUGACCCCACCAUUCAAUGUGAUCUCGCCAUCUACCUGUAUGAAUCGACAAAGAACAGCCGGAAGCCUUCAGAGAAGCAAGCCUACAUUCAAGAAGCCGUCAAAAUCCUCAAGACGCUCUCUCUACGUGGACAUGCUGAAUCGCAGUAUUACCUUGCCAACAUUUAUGCUUCAGGUGCCACGCAUAAAUCUGGCAAGCCUGAUUUUGGAAAUGCCUUUCCUUUGUUUGUGCAAGCUGCCAAACAUCAACACGCGGAUGCCGCAUAUCGUGCUGCUAAAUGCUAUGAAGAUGGUUUAGGUUGUCUCAAAAACAAGUCCAAGGCUGUGCAGUAUUACAAGAUUGCUGCUACAUUAAGUCAUCCUGGCGCCAUGUAUCGUUUGGGUUUAGCGGAUAUUAAUGGUGCUCUUGGUCUGCAACGUAACGUAAAGGACGGCAAUAAAUGGUUGAAGCGAUCGGCCGAUGCAGCUACACCUGAAUACCCUCACGCACUUCAUGAACUAGGCUUGUUGCAUGAAAAGGGCUUGGACAACAUCAUCUUCAAAGAUACAGCAUAUUCAGUCAAAUUAUACGCACAAGCUGCUGAAUUAGGCUAUGCACCAUCAGCUUAUAGAUUGGGCGAAUGUUAUGAGUAUGGAUAUCUUGGCUGCGAGAAGGACUAUGCAUCAUCUGUAUUCUACUAUACCAUCGCUGCUCGUCAGGGCAACGCCGAGGCUUGCUUUGCUCUAUCUGCUUGGUAUUUGGCAGGUGAUGAACCACACAUCAAACCCUCAGAGGAGAAGGCACUCUAUUGGGCAAAGAUGGCUGCAACGAAGGGAUUGCCUAAAGCAGAAUUUGCAUUGGGGUAUUUUGCAGAAACAGGUAUCGGUAGACCCAAGGACGUCAAUGAAGCAAUGAACUGGUACAAAAAGGCUGCUGCUCAAGGGAACGAGCAAGCCAAGAAGAGAUUGAAUUCAGGGUCAUUACGCUCAUUCAACAAUACAUCGAAAGCUACAACUACCGCCAACACAGCAACAGCUACAUCUAGUACUACUAAUAAUAACACUUUGACAAUACCAUCUUCUUUGGUUGCUGGAGAAGCAAGAUAA